AUGGAAGCCGUUGCUACAGCAGGCGUCGAAGUUGUUGUCCAAAACCUGAUCAACUUUCUCAAGGAAGAGUACUCUCUGCUUCGAGGUCUCGAUAAAGAUGCUGAACAGCUGCAGGAGACUUUGAAGAUGAUUCAAGCCUACUUGAGUGAUGCUGAGAAGAAAUCCACCACCGAAGCUGUCAAGAUGUGGUUGAGGAAACUUGAAGCUGUGGCUUUCGAUGCUGAUAAUGUCUUGGAUGAACUCAACUAUCAUUUUCUCUACAAAAAAGCGAGGAAAAUGGACGCACCCAAUCCCAAGCCGAAGAAUAAGGUACUAUCAUGCUUGUCAUCCUGUAGUGGUAGUCGCAUUUCACGUCGCUUUAAAAUGGCUCAUACCAUCAAACAAAUCAAUGCGAAUUUUGAGUCUGUCAACAAAAAGGCAACACAACUUGGCCUUCAAAACAUGCUUGUGAAUGCACCUCCUGUGGCUGUUGAUACUUCUGAUGAGACUGAUUCGUUGAGUCUUGAUCCAAUCUUUAUUGGAAGAGAUGAUGAUGUGCCUAAACUAGUUGACAUGCUCACCCAAACCCACCAAGAGGAACGGAUGUUUUCCAUCGUUGCUCUUGUGGGAAUGGGGGGUAUGGGGAAAACUACGUUGACUAAAAAAGUCUUCAAUCAUGAAAGGGUGAAGGCUCGAUUCGGAUCACUUAUUUGGGUUCAUGUUUCUCAAACCUUUGAUCCAAUCAUUCUUUUCAAAAAAAUCCUUUCAACAUUGCCUUCACAAGGUGGUGAUGAAUGUCAGAGUAAGGAAGCUAUCCUGAGAAAGCUUAAAGAUGCUCUCAAGGAGAAAACAUAUCUUCUUGUUCUUGAUGAUGUAUGGAAUGAAGAUGUUCCAAAGUGGGAAGACUUUAUGAAUUCCAUGUCAGGAGUUACUUCCACCAUGGGAAAUGGCAUUAUCAUCACUACCAGAAGUCAAAAUGUUGCUUCAAUUGUGAGACCACUUGAAUACACUUUAAGUGGCUUAUCAGAUGAUGAUUGCUGGUCCAUAAUCAAAGCAAAAGCUUUUGAUGGAAAUGAAGAAGUUCCACCACAAUUUGAGAUUAUUGGAAAAAAGAUUGCAGAAGCAUGUCGAGGUUUGCCCUUAGCUGCCAAUGUAGUUGGCGGUGUGCUUCGACGGUGUAAGUCCGAAGAAGAGUGGCGCUUAAUCAGUGUAAAUUGUCUUUCAGAUGCUGAAGGUGCUGAAAGAAUAAAAAAAAUACUGAAAUUGAGCUUUGAUUAUUUGCCUUCACCAUCUCUCAAGAAGUGCUUUGCGUAUUGUUCAGUUUUCCCUAAAGGUCACGAAAUUAUGGAAGCAGCAAGUCAUUGA